AUGUUGAUUCAUCAGUCUCACCCGUCCCUGGCCGAUGACGCUGACGGUGAAGAUGACAAAGUCGAUGAGGGCCGUAGUCUGAGAUACGUGUUCCCUUUCUACCCUCGAGAGCUGGACAUACUUAUUGGACACCUGCAAACAGAGGUCAGAAACCGUGUCAUCGACAUGUACGAUAGCGGGGACUCCAUCGAAGUCCCGACAGACCGAGAUGACAAGUUGGAGCUGAUUGCCAAAUUCAGGGACACUAUUCGAGAGAAAGAAGCCGCCUUGGAGAAAUGUCGCUUUAACUUCUGGACAG